CAUGCCUGCCGCGGCCGAAACCCAAACAGCGACCCUGAACAAAUUCAUUGAAGGCUGGAAAGGCUGGACGCCGGAUGGCUUCCUGGCGAGCUGGUCCGACGACUGCGCCCAAGUGACCCUGCCAUUCAGCUCUGGGGUACCACCUCGCACUCGCGCAAUUACCGAAAAGCUCUUCCCGAAGCUCAUGUCCAUUUUGACCAACUUUCAGCUUACCGUGCACAACGUGAUCCAUGAUCCUGCUGAAAGCAAAGCGGUGAUCUAUGCCAUUACCACCGCUGAUUCUCCCUUUGGGCCUUACAAGAACGAACACGCCUGUUUUGUGUGGUUUGAUGAGAGUGGACAGUAUGUCAAUCGGAUUGAGGAGAUGUUCGACGGGGUGUUUAUGAAGAGCUUUUUGCCCAAGCUGGAGGCGUAUAUCAAAGGGCAGGAGGAAGCUUGAGUGGAGAGAUCUUAUCCUAUGAGGGCGGAUUGAACAUUGAAC